CCCGCCCGCUCCGCCCGCUGCGCGGAGCCGAGCCGAGCGGCCAGGGCUGGGCGCGACCCCGGCCAGCGGCGGCGCAGAAAGCAGGCGGAGGCGCGGGCCAUGCUGCCGCUAGCGCUCGCCGGGGCCCGAGCCAUCGUGGACAUGUCGUACUCCCGCCACUUCCUGGACUUCCAGGGCUCGGCCAUCCCCCGCGCCAUGCAGAAGCUGGUGGUGACCCGGCUGAGCCCCAGCUUCCGCGAGGCCGUCACCCUGCGCCGGGACUGCCCGGUCCCACGCCCCGGGGACGGAGACCUCCUCGUCCGGAACCGAUUUGUUGGUGUUAAUGCAUCUGACAUAAACUAUUCAGCCGGCCGCUAAGACCCUUCCGUCAAGACCCCCUUUGACGCAGGUUUCGAAGGUGUAGGCGAGGUGGUGGCCUUGGGCCUCUCCCCCAGCGCCGCAUUCACAGUUGGCCAGGCUGUGGCUCACACGGCACCUGGCUCUUUUGCCGAGUACACAGCGGUGCCGGCCGUGCAACCCGAGUGCCUCACCGUCCUGGCGGGUGGCACCGCGGCCUACGUGAGCCUGAAAGAGCCCGGAGAGCUAUGAGAGGGGAGGAAAGUUCUGGUGACCGAGGCCGCUGGGGGGGCCGGCCGGUUUGCCGUCCAGCUUGCAAAGAAGGCCAAGGGCCAUGAAACUGGAACUUGCUCUUCUGAUGAAAAGUCUGUCUUUCCGAAAUCUCUCGGCUGGGAUCGUCCCAUCACCUAUAACGGCGAGCACGUGGGUGCUGUCCUGAAGCAGGAGUACCCCCGAGGUGUGGACGUGGUACGUGAAUCCGUCGGGGGAGCCAUGUUUCACUCGGCUGUGGACACCUUGGCUACCAAAGGGCGCUUGAUAGUAAUUGGGUUUGUCUCUGGCUACCAAACUCCUACAGGCCUGUCCCCUGUGAAAGCAGGAACACUAGCAGCCAAACUGCUGAAGAAAUCUUCCAGCGUCCAGGGCUUCCUCUUGAGCCAUUACCUUUCUAAGUAUCCAGCCACCAUGGACCACUUGCUUAAGAUGUAUGCAAGUGGAGAGCUGGUUUGUAAGGUCAACCUUGGAGGUCUGUCUGCAGAGGGCAGGUUUACCGGCCUGGAGUCUGUCUUCCGGGCCGUCGAUUAUAUGUACGUGAGAAAAAACACUGGAAAAAUUGUUGUUGAAUUACCUCAUUCUGUCAACAGUAAGCUGUAAAAACAGAACAAUGGCAUAAAUAAAAGGAGAAAGAAAAUGGACAUUUUA